UAACUAAAUUUUUUUUAUUUUGCAUUUUAUAUUAGAAUGGUAAAUGAAGAAGAACCUUCCCACCUUGUAUGCAUAAUAGAUGUUGCUAAAUCGAAGCAGAGUUUUGAAGAAAUAUGCCAUUCCAUAGAUGCUGACAGUGUUUUUCUUGAAGAAGCUUGGAGUGUCUAUGAAAAAUUAAUACAAAAUAUUACUUUGGAGGGAGACAGUUUGCAUUGGUUAACGUGUGCUUACUACAUAACUUAUAUAAAGACAACAUUAUUACCUGGGCAAGUAAAAGCUGAUCGUCCUAGUUUACAUUUAUCAAAUCUUCUUGGAAAAGUAAAACUAAGCUUGUUGCAGUUCUUUCAAAAGGUGCGUAGUUUUUUGGAAAUGGUGAAAUAUGAAAUUGAUAUCAAUCAAAAAAUUGAUCAACUGGAACGUAACUUUUCAGUAUCAUCUAUCGUGUUUGAGAAAUAUUUAACAAUAUUUAAAAGCAUUUAUAAUGAAGAUUGGAUAAAGUCUCUUAAAAGCCCCCAAAAAGGAGAACCAUUAACUUCAAAAGAUAUACGUGAUUUCUGUUGGUGUCUCUAUAUACAAGUCAAAGCACAAUAUCCUGAUAUCAGUGAUGAUCUUGUUAAUUCAUAUCAUUUGCUUCUGUGCUGCAUUGAUUUAGUAUUUGCAAACACUUUAAGUUCAAAGAAGUUAAAAUCAUCUAUUAAUAAAACAUAUAAUGGUUUGCCAGAAGGCUUUUUGGACAGAGAUUAUUCUGCUUGUGAAAUUCCAUCAAUACUUGAUAAUUUGUGUAAUACUCAUGAAGGUUUAGCUAUAGAAACUAAAGUUAUCAAACGACAGUACCUUGGUAAAUUUUUGGAAGAUCUUUUAAAAGACAAUGUUUUACAAGGCAAUUUUGAACAAAAAACGCAGUUGUUAAGUUCAAAAAAUUUCGAUAUAAAUCUCAAACAAUUAAACACCAUGUACCAAAAGCGCAUCAUCAAAUCUGGUGAGAUAGAUGAAAGGAUUUUUAUAAAGGAUGAUUCUACUUUGUGCAUUGGUACUCCAACAAAACGAAUAACUGUGUUUACUAAUACUGAUCAAAAAGCAAGAUCUCAAGUGAAAAAGAAUUUACAAGAUUACUUUAACAAGGCAAAAGGUUUUCCUCCAGAAACACCUUUAACUGGAAGACAAUGGCUAUCUGCAAAUAUAGAUAGUCCUUGUGAACCAACUAUUACUACUUCAGUAAGCAAGUUACAAGAACUUUUAAAUGGUUUAAAGGCAUCACCUUCCAAUAAUUUAAAAUCUCUUUUUGAUGAUCAGGUAAAAGCAGAAGAAAAAUUAAAGUCAAUUAUUGCAGAAUAUUCUACAAUCUUUUUAAAUGCGUAUGUAAAGCCUAUGGAAUCAUCUGCUGAUGCUUUAUCAGAAAUUUCAGAUGAAAACAUUAACAAAGAUUUUGCUAAAACAAGAUUGCAUUUGGCUGUUGUUCUGUUUUAUAAGAUUUUAGAAGAUUUCUUUGUAGAAGAAAAGAAAAAAUCAGCUGCUGAUCUAUCAGUUUUAUUGGACCAAGAAGUAUUUAUGAAAUGUCUCUUUACAUGCAGUCUUGAAAUUGUUAUUUUUUCCUACAAUAGUUCUAGGGUAUUUCCAUGGAUUCUAAAGACAUUUGAUUUAUAUCCUUUCCAUUUUUUCAAGAUUAUUGAAUUGGUCAUUCGUGGUCAAGAUCUUUCAAGAGAUGUUAUAAAACACCUGAGUAAGAUUGAAGAACAAAUUCUUGAAACUUUAAGUUGGAAAUCUGGAUCACCUGUUUUCACUGCCAUUGAAUCUCAUGGUGUGCCUAUCUGUCAAGAGGUUGCUCCUGAUCACUGUGUCAGUGCGCCUAUGUUUUUUAUAUCUCCCACAAGUUUAAGACUGAAUAAAGAUGGUGUGGAACAGUCACCCAUUAUUUCAAUUCGAGACCGAUUUUCUUUACCAGUUUCAGCAAGUCCAGCAAAGCGUAAUUUAUUUGGUUCAUCUCUUCAAAAUGAAACCCAAUCAGUUGUUUCGUUAAGUUCUCAGCAUUUUAGUGCAAGUGCUACUGUUCCAGCUUCGCCAAAAGUUUCAGCAGGUCCGCUUUCAACAGUGAGGUUUCCAAUAAUGUUGCCUUCACCUGGAUCAAGUCCUUUAAGGUUGAUUGCUGUUACUUCACGCAAUGUUGAUGCUCAAUCUAGUGUAAUGAAGCCUAACACAAAGAAAUAUGGAUCAUUGGGUAUAUUUUUUCGGAAACUGUAUCAUAUGCUUAGUAUGCGAAUGAAGGAUUUAUGCGAGAAGUUGGAUAUAGGGCUUGAACUGCAGAAAAAAAUCUGGACAUGCUUUGAACAUAGUUUAGUUUCAAAUAUUGACAUGCUUCGUGACCGCCAUGUUGAUCAGUUGCUCAUGUGUGCUAUUUAUAUAAUGUCUAAAGUUACAAAUGAAGAUAAAUCUUUUCGAGAAAUUAUGAAAUGGUAUCGUACUCAACCUCAAGCAUCUAGUGAUGUAUAUAGAAGAGUUUUAAUAAAAAGCAGUAAGGAGAAAAGCGAAACAAUUAACAAGGUAUCAUCAGAUGAACCAGCUCAAACAAAGCAUGAAGAAAUUUCUUUGAAACAUGAAGAAAACACAGAAGAAAUUGACGUUUAUGAUGAUCUAAUACAGUUUUAUAACAUAAUAUAUAUAAAGAAGAUUAAAGACUUUGCGUUAAAAUUCGCUACAAAUAAGUCUUUACUUGAGUCGCCAUCUUUGUCGCCAUUGCCUAUAAGUCGUAGACAAGUAUAUUCUCCUCGUAAAGUUUCUAAACAACACGAGGUUUACAUAUCACCAAGGAAACCAACACCUCAAAUGACUCCAAGUAAAAUUUUAUACUGCUUUGAUUCGGAUUCCCCUCAAAAACUAGAUGAAAUAAACGCGAUGAUCAAGGGUGGAACUAGGCGAAAGGUUGCGCUUGACGAAGAUGAAAGUAUACCUGCUAAACGACUUAAUAAUGGUUUGGCUAAGCGAGCCCAAGAGCUACGACAGGAACAAAGUAAAAUCACAGGUUAGCAAAUCGAUCUUAGAAACCUGGAACUAAACUACUCUAAGUAGAUUUCUACGCAAGCGAGGCCAACAAAGCUGAGCAAACACAACGAAUGGAAUACGAAUAAAUUUUUAUAAAAAAUUUAUAAGCCAAUUACUUUGGCUUGAAAAAUUUGUGAAUAUUUAUAAUAUAUAUUGGCGCCAAAAUAAAUUGUACAAAGCUUUUAAAAUGCAUUGCUGAGACAUUAUUUAUUGCCUUAGUGCUUGUGUCUGAGUUUGUUUAUACAAACAUUAUUUUAGAAUAUUUUUUUAGGUAAUAAAUAAUGCUAGAAAAGUUUUAAUAUUUUAAUAAAUAUUAAUUCUUACUUUUUUUCAAUUUAAAAUAUUUGAAGAAAUUGUUAAUUUUUUAAGUAAUACAAUUUAAUUUUUUAAAUUCAUAUUGCAUUUUUAAAAUAGAAGUGCAUUGUUUAAAUCAGCAAAGAAUUAUUUAAUAUUACACGAAAUAAAAAAGCGCAAUGUGCGUUAAACAUUUUCAUGUGUGUAUGACUGGAUUUUUUUUUUUUUUUUAUCAAAAAAGUUAUAAAAUAUUAGUUUUUGAUGCAGGAACAAUCUUUUAAUUUUAGAAUUUUCUUGUCUUCGUUUUUGUAGAACACUUUUUAUAUUUUGAUUUGGCGAAUUUUUUUUUUUUUUUUAAAGUUACAUGUUUUUUUCCAAAAUGCAUUUUAAACGAAUACUUAUUUUUUGGUUUGUAUGCUUAAGUAAUUCGCUGCCUGAAUAAAAAAAUUAUGCUAUAUUUUCUUCUACAGAAUAAAUAAAUAUGAUAUGUUGUGCUAUAUUUAAAUCUUUCUUAAUUAGAUCUUUUUUUUUUUACGUCAUUACGCGCUUUAUAAACAUUCGUUUGAUUCCUUUUUUAUCUUAGCUGUUUUUUUUUGUUUUGUUUUUUCAAAAAAUUUUAGUAGGAAAAUCUGGCAGCGAAUUUGAUCACUUUUAUAUAUUUUUGAUUUCAAUCUGUGUGGAAAUUAUUUGGCAUUAGUUUUAUAUUAUUUUAAUUUUUUUCUUUAAAAUUAAAAGAAUAUAAGCAAAUUUUUUACUGUUUCAUUUAUCAACAUUUAUGCCAUUUCAUUUGCCUUCUUCAAUGUAUCAAUGCAAUUAUGACAUUUACCUAUUACGUGUAUAUGUAUCAGUUAUUAGAAAAUUUUAAAAUAUUUCUGUAUCU